GGUUGUCGUUCAGCUUCCCGGUACCGUACACCGAGGGGAGGGCUCACCGCUCACUCACUCACUCCCCGUCCAGCACCCUAUAGAGCGGCUGUCCCUGUGUGUGAGGUCCAUGGCUAGGAGGACACUCCUCCUUCUACUCGCAGAGGGGCGGGGCCAGCAGAGAUGGUAGUGUGGGGGCGGGGGAGCCGGGGAUUCCGGGCUGAGCUCCUCCACUACGCGGCUCAUCAUUCAUUGUGGGGAGGGUGGGAGCGGUGAUCCCCGGGGGGACAGACAGAGUGUGGCCCUGGCUGUCGGAUGCUAUAGGGGCCCCUGUAGUGUGGAAUGCUGUGAUCAGUGCCUUACGGGGGGAUCUCCUUACACACACACACAGCCGCUGAUCCUCAUACACCCUCCAUGCUGCCUUCAUCCUCCUGAGCAUCCUCCGCAAUGUUCCGGCAGAUCUGCAAUCGCCUGUGCCCUGGAGAAGAGAACCGCGUUGGGACGCGUACGGUGUAUGUGGGACACAGGCCAGCUUCAGAAACCGAUGCUUACAUUGCGCCAAAAUUCAGCGAUAACAGGAUUGUCUCAUCUAAGUACACUGUGUGGAACUUCAUUCCAAAAAACCUGUUUGAACAGUUCAGAAGAAUUGCAAACUUUUAUUUUCUUAUAAUCUUCUUAGUACAGGCAAUUGUUGAUACACCAACAAGCCCAGUAACAAGUGGCCUUCCUCUUUUUUUUGUUAUCACAGUAACCGCUAUUAAACAGGGCUAUGAAGAUUGGUUAAGACAUCGAGCUGACAAUGAGGUUAAUAAGAGCACAGUGUACAUUAUUGAGAACUGUAAGCGUGUCAAGAAAGAGAGCGAAAAAAUUAAGACCUAUUCUGCUGUCCGUGAGACAUUCACUUUGUGCACGGUUGAAGCUGUUGAUGGUCUCGCAGCCACCAUUGAAUGUGAACAACCUCAACCUGACCUUUACAAGUAUGUGGGAAGAAUGAACAUAUUCACUGAUCAGGAAGUAAAAGCAAGGUCUUUGGGACCAGAAAAUUUGCUGCUAAAGGGAUCAACUUUGAAAAAUACACAGAAAAUUUAUGGGGUUGCAGUUUAUACCGGCAUGGAGACCAAAAUGGCUUUGAACUACCAAGGAAAAUCCCAGAAACGAUCUGCUGUUGAAAAGUCAAUUAAUGCGUUUUUAAUAGUCUAUUUGUCCAUCCUGCUGUCCAAAGCAACAAUUUGUACCACUCUGAAGUAUGUAUGGCAGAAUAAUCCUGCUAAUGAUGAACCAUGGUACAAUGAGAAAACUCGCAAGGAGAAAGAGUCAUUCAAGCUCCUGAAGAUUUUCACAGAUUUUCUAUCCUUCAUGGUGCUAUUCAACUUCAUCAUCCCCGUUUCAAUGUAUGUCACUGUUGAAAUGCAGAAAUUCUUGGGAUCUUUCUUCAUUGCAUGGGAUAAGGAAAUGUAUGAUGAAGAAAUAAAAGAGGGAGCUUUGGUCAACACAUCUGACCUUAAUGAGGAACUUGGACAGGUGGAGUAUGUUUUUACCGACAAAACUGGGACUCUCACAGAAAACUCUAUGGAAUUUAUUGAAUGUUGCAUCGAUGGCUACAAAUACAAGGAAUCUGCAGAUGUAACAGAUGGUCCUGUGGCAACCUUUGGAAAAGCUUCUCGGGAUAGAGAGGAGCUGUUCCUGCGUGCUCUGUGCCUCUGCCACACUGUGCAGAUUAAAGAAGAAUCUCAGACAGAUGGGCCAUUUUCCAGAUCCGAAAAUAAAUGUGCUUACAUCUCCUCUUCUCCUGAUGAAAUUGCACUGGUGACUGGGGCCAAAAAGUAUGGGUUUACAUUCAUGGGGACUGAAAAUGAAUUCAUGAAAGUAAUGAACAAAAACAAUGAAAUGGAGCUCUACGAGCUUCUGCAUGUGCUGAACUUUGAUCCAGUCAGACGGAGAAUGAGUGUUCUUGUAAAAGCAAACACAGGGCAAAUUUUCCUUUUCUGCAAAGGAGCAGACUCUUCGGUUUUUAACAGAGUGGUGCGGGAGGAUGUUGCGCGGGUUAAGGUACACGUGGAGCAGAAUGCUCUGGAUGGAUACCGUACCCUGUGUGUGGCAUUUAAAGAAUUCUCUCAAGAGGAGUAUGACAAAAUUAAUAAGCAGCUAAAUGAGGCAAAAAUGGCUUUGCAGGAUAGAGAAGAGAAACUGGCCAGAGUGUUUGAUGUCAUAGAAGAUGGUAUGCGCUUACUUGGAGCUACUGCAGUAGAAGACAGGCUCCAGGAGCAAGCAGCAGAAACGAUUGAAGCUCUUCAUGCAGCUGGAAUGAAAGUUUGGGUGUUAACAGGGGACAAAAUGGAGACUGCUAAAUCUACAUGCUAUGCUUGUAGACUGUUCCAGAAUAACACGGAAUUGCUGGAACUGACAACCAAAAAUGUAGAAGAGUUUGAAAGGAAAGAAGAUCGCUUGCAGGAACUACUUUUAGAGUAUCAUCGAAAACUGGUGCAGGAGACUCCAAAAAUGAAAGGCAGUAUUAAAAGGAGCUGGACAGGAAACCAAGAUUAUGGCUUGAUAAUUGACGGUUCCACUCUGUCUCUUAUACUGAAUUCCAACUGUAGUUCCAGCCAUUAUAAGAACAUCUUUCUGCAGAUUUGUCAGAAAUGUACUGCAGUGUUGUGUUGUCGUAUGGCGCCAUUACAAAAAGCACAGAUUGUUAAAAUGGUAAAAAAUACCAAAGGGAAUCCUAUCACAUUGUCUGUGGGAGAUGGAGCAAAUGAUGUUAGCAUGAUUUUAGAAGCACAUGUUGGAAUAGGCAUUAAAGGAAAAGAAGGCCGCCAGGCAGCAAGGAACAGUGAUUAUGCUGUGCCAAAAUUUAAGCACUUAAAAAAACUUCUUUUAGCACACGGACACUUGUAUUAUGUGAGAAUAGCUCACCUUGUACAGUAUUUCUUUUAUAAGAACUUGUGCUUCAUUCUGCCCCAGUUUUUGUAUCAGUUCUUCUGUGGAUUUUCUCAGCAGCCACUUUAUGAUGCUGCCUACCUGACAAUGUACAACAUCUGUUUCACGUCUCUUCCAAUCCUGGCCUACAGUCUGCUGGAACAACACAUCAGUAUUGAAACUCUGAUGGCAAACCCUAAAUUAUAUAUGAGAAUAUCUGACAAUGCAAUGUUACAGUGGUUGCCAUUUUUAUACUGGACUUUGCUGGGGGCCUUUGAAGGACUAGUUUUCUUCUUUGGAGUUUACCUGCUAUUCCAGAACCCAUCACUGGAAGGCAAUGGGCAGGUGUUUGGAAACUGGUCUUUUGGAACAAUAAUAUUCACUACAUUAGUGUUUACAGUUACAUUAAAGCUUGCAUUAGAUACUCGAUACUGGACCUGGAUGAACCAUUUGGUCAUAUGGGGUUCACUGGCCUUUUAUGUAAUUUUCUCCAUAUUUUGGGGAGGUAUCAUUUGGCCGUUCCUCAAGCAGCAACGAAUGUACUUUGUAUUUUCCAACAUGCUGACAUCAGUGUCCGUUUGGCUUGCUAUAAUUCUUCUGAUUUUUGUUAGCUUAUUCCCAGAAAUCUUGCUUAGAACUUUAACAAAUCUUAGGACUGCAGGCCAGAAGAGGAGAAUGAGCACCAGAACAGGUGGUUCAGAGUCUACCCGUUCGACUGUCAGGCCUCUCCUUUUAAGAACAUUCUCAGAGGAGUCUAAUGUAUUAAGCUGGAGUUUCAAUUACCAAAGCUAACUUCCUACAAAUACAUGGAGAACGGUUACUUUUCUCCAGUAAGGAUCGAAGAAUACAAACUAAGCCCUUAUUUGUCUUCUUGAGACCUUAAACAUUAACAUUCAUUACACUGUGCAAGUCCAGCCACUAACCGCUUACAAACUGUACACUGGAAGUGUAAAAAUAAAAAAAACUCUGAAAGACCUUUAUAAUUCACAAUUUUGUGCAGUGUUCAGAACAAAAAAAAAACACACACAGAAAGAGAAAAUGUUUAACCUUCAGCCAGUAUCACAAAGAAUAUGAGAGAGGCCUAUAAUACAAAGCCAGCAUUUCUACAUAAGAGACCCGGAAACAACAAAAACCAAAUUGGAAUAUUUUUCUGGUUGCAGACUUCUGGUCAUUAAGGCAGUGCUGCUAUUUUCCCCAGUAUUUCCUGCCUAAAUCUCUGGUGCAUGUGCUGUACAUAAUAACCUUCCUUUAUGCAAAAUGUUGAACAUUCCUCGGCAUUAAAAUAAAUUUAUUUUUCUCAACAUUUUAACCACAUAAAAUUCAGUACUUGUUACUUUUUCUUUAUAUGGCAUAGCUUUUCCACAUUUCUUUUUAUCAGUAGUUUUAAGAAUUCAUAUUUCAGAUCUGUUUAAAACAUUUUUAAAUCUACAACAGGCUUAUUUUCCAAUAUAUUCACAGUAUGCAUACUGUAUAUUUCAUACACAUUUCUAUUUUUAGGUUCUAAAUUUUACUGCAUUUCUUAUUAAUUUUUUUUUUCAACCACUGCAUAUAUUUGCCAUUACAUGCUGCCACUGCAUUUUUUAAAUCUUCCAGUGGCUAAUAUUUUUUAAUAUGUUCUUGUAUGAUCUUUUUUCAUAUAGUGUUUUGGCACAAACACAUCUUGCAACCAAGUAGGCCAACCUUCCAUGAUAGUCUGUGUACCAAGUCCAUCAUAAACUCUCAGUGGAUUGCACAGUUAUUGAAUGAAAAUAUUAACUAUUUAUUAAAAAGCUAUAUUUUUAUAUAUGGUGUCAAAUCAAACUAUUUAUUUGAGGGUAUAGGUUGCAAAGUGUUUUAAAUGUGAUCAUAUGACGCCACUAAUUUCCAGCGUGUUCAACGCACAAUGAUGUUUACAUGUGUUCGCAAUUACUCUAAGUGUGUAAUUAUUCCAUCAAAACCAUUCCAGAUAUUAAUAUUUGUAAAAUACGUUCAAUAAUGUAUUGUUUUCCCAUAUUGUCUUCUAUUUCAUGUUUUGCUUGUUUUAACUGAAAUAUCUUAACAUGGAUAGCUUCUACACUAGAUUUUAGAUAAAUAGGUUUGUGAUUAAGACUACAACUUUAAGAGCAACAUUUAAUGUAGAACUAUAGGUAAAACUUUUUAGUUUGGAUAAGUAAGGGAGGGUUAUCGUCCCUGUUGGUUUUUUUUUGGCCAUUUGUGCCCCAUUGGGGAGAUUUACCUCCAUGUCCUGUCCCAUAGCCAAAACAGAAAGCUAGAGUAAAUCCCUGCACAUUAAGGGAACUUUAUCGCAGCUUCUCACAUCUUUGACAGAAUUUCUGUCCACUUAUACACUAAACAG